GUCUAUUCUUUCCUAAUUAUAAUCCAGUGACCAAAUGAUCAAAUCUAGAUUUUUAUGAACAUCAAUCAGAAUAAGUCAAUUCAAUUUAUUUGAUUGUGCUUCAAACUUUUAUUAGAUCUGAAUGCAGCAGUUGUCUCCAGACAUCAGACGGUUAAACUGAUCAGAAAUGGAUUCUCCUUGUUUGUAAGUCAAGUGUCUUGAGUUACAUCGAGACACUGAACCUGCCUCCUUCACGCUCUGGUUACCUGUCGAGUAACUGGACUUGAUAACAACGCGGAGGCUUGGCCAAGGUGCGGCAAUUGUUAUCAGUUCUCUGGAAAUGUGACGUUGACCGUGAAGGGGCGGGAUCCAGGCCAGAGGUGAAGCAAGUAGAGAUAGAUAAGCAACGUGUGAGAUGAGGAGAGGAUUAUACAAACACAAUGUUAGGAUUAAUACACAGCUGAGAUCAGCUCAGCCGGUAGUCCAGAGACCUGUAGCCUCUCACCAAGACCUCGUCUACCUGGGGACACGAUGAAGCCGUUCGAGGGGUGAACUGGACUCGGGGCGGGGUCAUGUACGUCCUGUGCACCCUAGCGGUCCUGACCCUCCACAGCCUCUUUAAGAACCGUAACAAGGCUGUGGAGCAGGGUGCCACCUCGGAGGCUGUGAGACGGAAAGGUCGUCCUGAAGAUGAGGGUGUCACUGGUCAUGGAGGUGAUCCCGUGAAGAUGGUGGAUUACAGAGGAUGGACAAGCAGCAGAGCUGAGGGGACGGGGCGACGAGAAGGAAACGUUCAAAAUAUCCUGAAGAAUAGGAAACGAGUUCAGCCGGUCCAGCGGUCCAGCCCUCUGCUCAGUCCGGCGGUCAUGUUUGGCACUAGAAAGACCUGGGACCUCGGCCACGCCCCCUGCCUGCAGGAGCUCUGGAAGAAAGACAUCUCAUUGGAUGCAAGCUCAGUGGACUUCCUGAUGAGUGAUGGUGAAGACGACGGCUCCUUCUUGUCUCUGCCCUCUGCUGCCUUCUCACAGCGCCCGUCUCUGACCAAGGAGCUGACUGAAAUAAACACACCCAGCCAGCAGCUGCUCAUCCAGACUCUACAGGACAAAGUGUGCGAGUUCCAGGCUCGUCUUCACGCUGAGGAAGUUGCCCGUCGCCUGCUGCUCCAGCAGCUUCAGCAGCAGAGUGUCCAGGAGAAGUUGUGUGGAGGAGGUGGAGUUGGAGGUGGAAGAGGAGGUGCAAGAGGUGUCCAGGAGUUGCAGGAGGAGCAUCUGUCAGCUCCACACAACGGUGAACAACCUUCCGUUCAUCUCAUCUGUCCCAAAGAAGAGCAGCUCAUUACUCAGCUGCGCACACAGGUGAAGGAGCUGGAGGAGAAGCUGUUGGAUCAGACUCAGGAGGUGGCGAGACUUCGCUCUGAACUGGGGGCGACAGACCUGGAGAAGCAGCUGGAGCUGCUGAUGGUGGAAAAUGAGCGCCUGAAGCAGGAGCUGAAGUCAUGCAGGAGCUCAGAGCUUCAGAAUAUCGACGCUGCAGCAGAGACAUGCAGCUGCAGCCACUGCCCUCACAGCCAGGAUGCCAAGUCCCUUCAGAGGGAGGUUUCCCGCUGGGAGAGCCAGGCCCGGCAGAGGGAGCGGCGCCUGGCUGAGCUAGAGAGGGAGCUGCUGGAAAAAAGCUCCAGAGUGGAGGCUCUCCACCAACAGCUGGACGACUCCACCCGGCAGCUGGAGGAGUCGCAGCAGCGGCAUGCGGAGGCUGAGCAGAAAAUCGCCCUGCGACUGCAGGAUUGUGAGCAGGAGCUGGCCAGACAGGCAGCAGCGCCCCCCAGAGUCAAGUAUGUGACUCAGGCGGUGGAAGUGGAGUCGGCUGAUGCUCAGAAAGCUCUGGCUGAGAUGCAGAAGAAGAACGGCGCCCUGCAGGAGCAGCUUUCCGUCCAGAGGCAGCUCCUGAGGGAGCUUGAGACGCAACUGCACGAGUCACAGAGGACCUGCGCACAGCUCAGGACACAGAUCCUUGUAUACGAAGGAGAGAUGGAGCGAGCUCAGGGUCAGCUGGAGGUAGAGAUGCAGAAUCUGGAGGAGGAGAAGAACCGAGUGAUCGAAGAGGCGUUCAUCAGAGCUGAGAGCGAGAUGAAGGCUGUCCACGAGAACCUGGCCGGUGUGCGCAUGAACCUGAUGAGCCUCCAGCCCGCGCUCCGAACACUCACCUGCGACUACAACUGUUUAAAGAAGCAGGUGCAGGACUUCCCCUUCCUUCUGGAUAAAGCCAUCGCUGAGGCAAAACGCGAGAUCUGUCAGGUGAUCAGUGAGGUGAGCAGCACAAACCAGGAGCUAUUGCGUAAAUACAAGAGAGAGAUGAACCUGAGGAAGAAGUGUCACAACGAGCUGGUUCGACUCAAAGGUAACAUCCGUGUUUUCUGCCGGGUCCGCCCUGUCAGUCAGGAGGAGCAGGACGCUGCUGAUGCCAAAACCAUGCUGAGCUUUGACUCAGACGAUGACACUAUCCUCUACCUCUCCAACAAGGGCAAAAUCAUGACCUUUGAACUGGACAAAGUGUUCGCUCCUCAGGCCACACAGGAGGAGGUGUUUCAGGAAGUGCAGUCCUUAGUAACUUCCUGUAUUGACGGCUUUAACGUCUGCAUCUUUGCCUACGGACAGACGGGCUCUGGAAAGACUUACACCAUGGAGGGUGUGGUUGACAACCCUGGCAUCAACCAGCGAGCACUCCGCCUGCUCUUCUCUGAAGUAACGGAGAAAGCUCCAGACUGGGACUACAAGAUCACAGUCAGCAUGGUGGAGAUCUACAAUGAGACGCUACGGAACCUGCUGGGUGAUAAUCCCACCGACAAACUCGACAUUAGGAUGAAACCUGACGGCAGUGGGCAGCUCUACGUCCCCGAGCUGACAGAGUUCCUCGUGCAGAGCCCUGAAGACAUCAACAGGGUGUUUGAGUUGGGUCACAUGAACAGAGCGACGGCCUGCACCAACUUGAAUGAACACAGCUCCCGCUCACAUGCUCUGCUCAUCAUCACGGUGUGUGGGUGCAACACUGCUACUGGGGACCGUACACAAGGUAAGCUCAACCUGGUGGACCUGGCGGGCUCGGAGAGGAUCGGUAAGUCGGGGGCGGAGGGCAGUCGCCUCAGAGAAGCUCAGUGUAUCAACAAAUCUCUGUCGGCACUCGGCGACGUGAUCAACGCACUCCGGGGCAAACACUCCCACGUCCCUUUCCGAAACUCCCGCCUCACCUACCUGCUGCAAGACUCGCUGAGUGGAGACAGCAAGACACUGAUGAUGGUGCAGGUGAGACCAAGAGCUGGUUCAAAGGACCAGACCAUAGUUUUGUUUAUGGACCUGCUGAGCAUUAACAGACUUCAUAUUUUUGUUGUAAUUUGUUACUUCACCCCACGGAGUGGGAGU